CAUUUCAGAGUGAAAAGGGGUAGAGAUCAUGACUGGACGAGUGCCGAGCCCCCUCCCUAGACAACCACAACCGUGCCCUACAUUAGAGCCAAACCUUGCGAAGCCCUGUUUAUUUCCGAAAAACAACAUCUCCCAACCAUGUUAACAUCAACUAUUCCUUCGCGGACCAGAUCAUUACGGAAACCCUCGGAUGCAGGGACGAAAUACGAUCGAUCAUAUGCAGGAAAUCAAAAUGAGCAGACGGCCCCAGCGCGACCAGAGAGGGCAUCUCAGAGCCCAAGUCGAUUGCCCGUGAAGCCUCCAACGCGCAUUACUCGAAGCACUUCAACAACAGCGCGUCCGCCCAGUGCCACUGGCAGCACGACGAGCAAUGGAUCGAUGCGCCCUCCUCCUCCAAGAGCAAAUAUAAGCAAGCCAACCACUACAGGUGGACUACAGAGAUCCAAUUCGAAUCGUCGGCCGAGUACGUCCUCACAAGUUGAGCCCGAACCGGUCAAGAAAGAUCGGUCAAGGCCUCCGAUUACCAUAUCUCGACAUAUACGCAAUUCCUCCGCAACUUCAUUCUCUACAAGUCAACAACAACCGCCCGGACAUUCACGUACACGGUCAUCCUCCACCCUCACGAAUUCCACUUCCACCAAUCUUCCUCCACCGUCGAAUCGGAGCUCAGUAAUAGAACCAAAAGUGCAACCGCAACCCGAACCCCAAUUGAGAAGACCGGCGUUUUCAACGCUUCAACAGCACUUCUCUCCAGCCAAGAGUCUCGCACCCAAACCACAUCCAGCUGCUUUUCUAGCUCCACCCUCUCCAAGCAAACUUCCAUCGAACAUUGCAAUAUCAGCUGAAACAGCGAAGCUCCAGAAUGAACUUCUUCAGCUCCAUUUGCUGCAUAAGGAUGCUGGACGAGUAGAUCAAGAGUGGAGAGCAAGUGCGAAGCGAAAGCUGGGCGCAAGGUUCCAUUCCGUGGUUGACAAGAAUGAUGAAUUGGUGGCACUCGAGGUCCAAGAGACGGGUAAGAUCAAUGCGGCUGCACUAAGAAGCUGGCAUGAUCAAGGAGGGUGGGGAUUGGAUGAGAAAGUUCAGGUCCUUUCAGAAGUUUCCAGUGGUCUGUGGAACAUUGGGGAUAGUGGAGGGCGGUAUGCUAGGGUUGUGAGGAGAUUCGAAAGAUGGCUGAGGAGAACACAGGAGAUUCUCGAAAGAAGAGAACACGACGUACAUGGAGAUGUGGUAUUCCUGGAAGAAUUGGAUCCGGCAUGGAAGGAUGACUGUUCGGUCAUUGGACGAAAGUUGGAAUUGUGGCGGGAUCAAAUGCGAGAUCUUGGUCAACCGGAGCCUGGAUCAAGUUUGGGCCAGGUAGUGGAGGGUUGUCGACACCUUGUGAAGGGCAUGCUCAUGGAAUUGGAAGUUAUGGUUCAAAUCGAAAGGGAUGCUAUGGCAAGAGAGGUGGAAUGGAUUAAGAGUAUGAAUGGUGACGUCUCGGAUGAUGAUGAUACCCCUGUGGCAGGUGCUAUUUGGAGGUCUGGAUAGGCUCGGCUGCAAGUCAAGAAUUUUAUGAAUUAUAUCAAGACUAUCGUGCCUACAAUGUUUCAAGCUGGGAGGAGUGAGUCGUCUUAGGUGUCCAAGCAUGGAGACGAGAAGCCGAGAAACUCUUCGGUAGAGACUUCACUCUCGUUAAAAUGGAAUACAAGAUGAUAUUGUUCCAGAGUUUGUCUAAGUGGGGUCCCAAGUGUGAACUAAGAUUUGGUGAAUGAAG